AUGAAGCAAUUUGCAGUCCUCAUCGCAGUCCUCGCUACUGGUGCGCUAGCGGACCUCCAUUACACAGGUCUCUGCUACGACUCCCCUGGUAAGGACGUGAAAGUCUUCAACAAGGCAGCAACAGAAAAAGCCUGCGCGUCCUACAAGAACCGCAACACAGGCAGCAAACAAUGGGACCAAUGCCCGGAUUGCACAGUGCUGAGUGACAAAGACCUUCUGUACUAUUGCAAGUCCGAGGGUCAACACAUAGGAGGAGACGAGCUGUCGUAUUACUGUGGCCAGGCAGGUGCAGAUGGAAGUUUGGCGUGGUGA